AUGUAUGAUGAUUUAGAAGCCUUAGUCAAAAAACCGUCCAUGGAGGAAAAUGAUACUUGUUUAAAUGUGCGCUUAUAUGUAAUACAAAUUUUAUUUAUAUUUAUUGUUUGUUUUGUAAUUUUCGUUUUUUUCUUCAUUUUAUUUUUUCUAGGAGUUUUCUAA